AUGCAACGAGUUGGCAGAGCUAGUUGGGUUAGAUCCGCUCAUACAACCUUUUUCAUUAUAUUCUUGUUGGUGUUGUUUUUAAUUCAAGUCAACUGCCACACAUCAAGUUUGAUAGAUUUAAAGGAAAGUUAUCGGCCCGUGUAUGCUAAUCAAUCCCAAUGUAUGGUUAAACCAUUUGAUGAUCCAAUUAGAUUUGAAUGGUCCUUGGAAUGCCAAAACGUCACUUGUAAUAAUUUAAAAAUUGGAUUAUCUAAAAUGUCACCAACUCUUUGCUUGGCAAUACAAUUAUUCUCGGAUGAUGAUUGGAUUUUCGAGCAUUUAAACAAUACUGAUAAUUACAAGAUGAAUGUUGGUAAACAUGUGAUGUCUGACAAUGUCAGAUAUCGAUUAUUUUGUUAUUAUCAGAAUAUGGGAGCUUUAGACUUUGAAGUUCCACCACGAGCAUUUUGUUUGACGAGGAAUGGAAGUGAAUAUUCAACGAAUUGCACAGAUGGAUAUGCUAAUGAGAAAUUGGACGAAUUGAUUGGAGAAAGUUAUUGGAAUUUCACUAGACGAAAGCAGUUUCAUCAAUAUUCAUGGAAAAUGACCAACUUGACAGUGGAAAUACCCAUCAAAUUGGAUCAAUCAAAUCAAACAGGAUUACAAAUGCAUGUCAUGUUAAUUGACUUGUAUUCUUAUCCUCAAAAAUUUGAAUUGAGAUUUAUUGGAAACCCUUAUUAUAUAAUACCAUUAAUUACAAAUUAUUCAAUGAGUGAAUUUUCGAAUAGAACAUGGGAUCCUCAGUGUGAUGAUUUAACUUAUAAUUCACGACCUCAAUACUAUAUUUGGAAAUUAAUCGCCAUCUCAAUUGGAUUGGUUGACUUUAGUACGGUUUUAAUUCUAUUGAUAUGUAGAAGAAAGCACCGUAUUAUACAGAGUCGAUUUAUUAUUCCCUACUUUACCUCAUGCAUGUAUAUAUUGCAAGGGAUAACAAAUAUUUUUUUGAAUGUUUUCUAUUAUGAUCCUGAAUGGGAUGCCUUAAUUGAGGAAUUAGUUUUGAUUGUGGUCAUGUCACUACACUUGUUGCAGGGGAUGAGGUAUUAUAUUUCUAGAUUGAUGUAUUCGAGAUUUUAUUCGAAACGAGAUGGAAUAUUGAUGAAGAUUCUCCUGUCAAAAGUUUACUUUCUAAUAGCCAUUAUUUCUGUUUUGAUUUUAGAAGCAAUUGUCGUUGCCGUAAUAAUGACUAAUCUUCCAUAUGUUGAUAUGGUUGAUUUUUAUACUUAUUUUUCAAUUAUUUGUGGAAUUAGCUAUUUAAUCUUACUUGGAAUUGGAAUGACUGUUCACAUUAUUGUAAACUUUAAAUUUGCAAGAAAGUUAAAGAGUGCCAAGCAGAUUUUCAGGUGGUUCUUUUUACAUGAUGACAGCUUUGGAUAUAAUGGUGAAUUUCUGGUGUUUGUUGUGAUUUAUAUUUUGGCAGGAUUGUUUUUUUUACUUUCUUCCCUUUCUGGAGGUUAUCUCACUUCUACUUUAUAUGUGAGUACGAGACCCAUUUCUAAACUGUAUUUGAACAAUGGUUUUGGAUAUGCCCUGUAUGGAUGUGGUAAAAUUCUCUUUACUGUUGGAUAUAGUUUACAACUUUGGUUUCUUGUAAUUAUGACAUUUUUCAAGAAGGAGAAGGAGAAAACUGACAUUCAACAACUCAAGGAAGAGAUGGAUAUAUUCUUUUCCAAGUCAUUUAAUGAUGGAUCUGUCUGUAUUGAAAUUAUGAAACGAUUUCUAGUGUUGGAAUUCAAAUUGGAAUUAUUGGAAAUUUACAUUUUCUUGUCCCAACAUCCAAAAUCAACAUUGAUGGAUUUAAUUCAGAAAUAUCCUCAGAAUUACUUUGCAAUUGUUCGAUAUUUCAAGAAAUCAAAUCUGGAUAGCAAUUAUCAAGAAUGUUAUCUCGAGUCAACUGAACUUUUAGUGGAAGCUUUUAUAAGAUUAAAGUUGACAGUCAUUUACGAGAAGGAAUAUUUGGAAAGGAUGAAAGAGGAAAUUCAGUUUGUGCUGGAAUGUAUAAAAUAG